AUGCUAAGAACCGCUUCCAGAUCUGCGUUCAAAAGAACUUUGGCGUCCCACGCCAAACCCCAGCUAACAGAGCUCUCCAACGGACUCAAAGUCGCUACCAACACCAACGACCAAGCCGGUUCUGCUUGUGUUGGUGUCGUGUUCGGCUCCGGUUCCACUGCGGAAAACCCAUACAACAACGGUGUCUCCAGCGUCUUGGCCAACUUUUUCAAGGCCGAGGGUGCCCAGCCAGCGGCCAAGGCCGGUGUGCAGCUCUCCACCAACGUUUCCAGAGACUCCCAGUCGUUUUUGGCCUCUUACGCCGGCGCUGCCGGCUUGAACAAGACCUUGGACCUCUUGCAAUCGCAGAUCGCCGGUGCCUUGGGCUCCGCUUCUGACAGUGCCUUCACCGGUGCCCUACAAAAGAGCAUCAAACAGGCUGAGCAAUUCGAGCUCAACAACCACGCCGGUCGCGCCCUAGAGCAUUUGCACUCCACUGCAUUCCAAAACACCCCAUUGGCUUUGCCAGUGAGAGGUACCGUUGAAGCUCUUCAAGAGUUGGAAAAGGUCGACAUUCAAUCCUUCGCUCAAAGCCACUUCCGUAAUUCCAACGCCGCCAUCGUCGGCUCUGGUAACGUUUCGCACGAGGAACUAGUCAAGGCCGUCGAAUCGCAGUUGUCCUUGCAAUCCGGUGAAAAGCCAGAGCUAAAGAAGAAGUCCUCCUUUUUGGGUUCUGAAGUCAGAUUGAGAGACGACACCCUACCAAAGGCCUGGAUCUGUAUUGCCGCCGAAGGUGAAUCCGUCACCUCUCCUAACUACUACGUCGCACAGGUCGCCGCUGAAGUGUUUGGUUCUUUCAACGCCAGUGAGCCUGCUUCUCAAAUACAAGGUGUCAAGUUGCUAGACGAAAUCCAGGACUACCAUUUGUGUGACUCUUACGACCAUUUCUCUCUAUCUUACAAGGACUCUGGUCUGUGGGGUUUCGCUGCUGAAAUCUCCAACACCCACCAAAUCGAUGAUCUAACUCAUUUCACUUUGAAGCAGUGGAACAGAUUGAGCAUUUCCGUCACCGAACAAGAAGUUGCCCGUGCCAAAUCUCUAUUGAAAUUGAAGCUCGGCAGCAGCGCCGUUGACAACGUCUCCAUUGCCAACAGUCUAGGUACCAAGACCUUGGCUCUAGGCUCUUCUCCAGAUUUGACCGAGGUGUUCGGAAAAAUCGAUGCCAUCAGCGUCAAAGACGUUAGAUCCUGGGCCUCCAGCAGAUUGUGGGACCAGGACAUUGCUAUCUCUGGUACCGGUCAAAUCGAAUCUUUGCUAGACUACAUGAGACUCAGAAACGACAUGAGCAUGAUGAGAUGGUAA